UGAAAUACUACCACUUCCUGGUAGGUUAUGCUGAUUCCGAAUUAAAGAACGGUCCACUCUGGUUUGAGCUAUGUCUUUGUUCGUAGUACAUGUGACUUUCAGAUGGUGAAUAAAUAGGAUCUUUGUUUACGGAGAUAAUAUCAGUGGAGUUCGGCAUAAGGAGGAUGUCGCUGCACUAAGAUGACACGACGCCACGGUGGACGCAGUGUGUACUCUGUCACUAGUUGCAGAGGGGGAGUAAUAGUGUUAGAGGCUUAACUAAGCGUAGAGUCACUUCAGAGGGUAAAAUCGCGUGUUCAAUUUUCCACAGACUUAGCUUGUGCAGCCAAAUGAAUAGUAUCUUUGUGUACAGUUAGCUAAUGCGAAUAGACGGUAGCGGGAUGUAACCCGGUGAGCCCAGAUAACAAUUGGACCUGUUAAACUUAGCGGAACAACCAUCUGGAAGAGCUGCCUGCUGCACAUUCAUUGUUGAGAUGAACUUUCCAAAGUAGCAGUCUCUCUGAACCACUGAUCCUGGCAGCCCUUUAUGGCGUGCCCUGUCCAGUUCCUCUGCCGAGGGCUUCGUACUGUUGGAUUAGUUCUCCUGUACUACGCCUUUUCUAUAGGCAUCACCUUCUAUAACAAAUGGCUGAUGAAGGAUUUCCACUACCCUCUCUUCAUGACGUUGGUUCACCUCACCAUCAUCUUCUGCCUGUCAGCUCUGACACGGCGGGCCAUGCAGCUCUGGACAGGGAAACCACGCAUCAUUCUGAGCUGGAGAGACUACCUACGUAAAGUAGCACCUACAGCCUUGGCAACAGCACUAGACAUUGGACUUUCCAACUGGAGCUUCCUCUUCAUCACCAUAAGCUUGUACACCAUGACCAAGUCUUCAGCCGUGCUCUUUAUUCUCUUUUUCUCCCUCAUCUUCAAACUGGAGGAGCCGAACCCAUUCCUGAUCCUGGUGGUUCUGCUGAUAGCUUCAGGUCUGUUUAUGUUUACAUUUGAGUCAACUCAGUUCAACAUGGAGGGCUUCAUCAUGGUGCUGCUGGCGUCCUUCCUAGGGGGCAUCCGCUGGACCCUCACUCAGGUCCUCAUGCAGAAAGCUGAGCUGGGUCUUCAGAACCCAAUAGACGCCAUGUACCACCUACAACCUCUCAUGUUCCUUGGCCUCUUUCCUCUCUUCUUGUUUAAUGAAGGCCUCAGCCUCAGCACCUCAGAAAAGUUAUUCCGGGUGACAGAGCUUUCACCCCUCCUUCAUUCACUCGCCACACUCAGCAUCGGCGGCACGCUGGCUUUUGGUUUGGGCUUCUCCGAGUUUCUGCUGGUCUCCAAGACCUCAAGCCUCACAUUAUCUAUUUCAGGGAUCUUUAAGGAGGUGUGUACUCUGCUUUUGGCAGCAUCUGUGAUGGGAGACAGAAUGAGCGUGCUUAAUUGGCUGGGAUUCGCCGUGUGUCUGUGUGGCAUUUCAUUACAUGUGGGACUGAAGACAUAUUAUUCAAAAAACAAAGGCCCAUCUUUAAGGCAGCUCAACACUAAGAGCCCAGAGCUCGAGUUGCCCUUACUGCGGAACGGAGAUGAAAUAGAGGAUUCAGCCGUUGAUGAAGAUGAGGAACAAGAAAUCACUCUGCACUGACAUCAGUGGAUGCACACCACUGAAGUCUCAGUUGUCCACAAGUCUCUCCUUUACAUUUCCAGACGGUCUGAACAGUGAUGUCAAAGCCUUCAAAAACUACUCAUGUUUAGGUAACACUGCCAUAAAAGAGGGAACAUCCUCUUUAACUCUAUUCCUCUUCACAUCAUGUUUUCAGUUCAGACAAGGAGUUCAUCAUCAGCUGUAAAUCGACUGUGGACUUGACACAAAUUAUGAUCUUUUGCCUUAGGGAACCUUCAAAAAUGUAGCUAUUACACCUGAAUGUCAACAAAGUGUGAUGUAUGGAGAGGAAAAAGGGAUACUAUGACACCUUAAAAUGUAGUGGGUCAUUUUUCUUUGCUGGAAACAUGGUACGCUGUGGGAAUAUCUUCUUACCAGGUUUGGUAGUAGAAUUUUAAUAAUCAGACUUACUUGAGAGACUUGUGCUGCUAACAAAAAGUAAAUUAUUAAUUUCAGUCGAGCUAAAGGAUGGGAGACCAUUCGUUAAAACUAAAAGUUAAGGUCCCCAGCUUUAUUUUCUUUUCCAGGGGAUCUGAAAGGACUGCACCUUAAUGUGCCUUCUUAACCUCACAGCAGUCAAGAAGACUACUUUCAAGAGCUAUUUUUUAAAUUCAUUAUGAUUAAAUCAGCUAUUGUGUAGCAGAAUAACUUGAGUUGGAAGCUUUUUAAGAAGUUAAUCUUUUUGAAUGUUUUUUGCUGAUUUUCAGUGAGAUGCAGAAUUGUUGCACUUCAGUAAGAAAUAAAGAGAGGAGAUGGUUUCUUAUUCCAAAAUAAA